CUACCAGUGACUGUCUACUUGCGCAGCCUGCUACAUCUACCUCGUACUACUCUUCAUUCUGUUUUCGUGUGGUUCUGCCUUUCCCCUCUUUGAGGAUCAUAGAUUCAUAUUUCGGUCAAUACUAGAAUUUCGUCUGCCACAACACAAUCGUCCAUCAUGGGUAAAGAAAACGAGCCUAAGACCUACCGCUACAAUGAAACCCCCAUUUACACGACCUCCAAUGGCUGUCCAGUCAUGGAUCCCCAGGCCGCUCAGCGAGUAGGUCGCAACGGUCCGCUGCUCCUCCAAGACUUCCACUUGAUCGACCUCCUCUCCCACUUCGACCGAGAGCGCAUUCCGGAGCGGGUGGUGCACGCCAAGGGUGCGGGCGCCUAUGGAGAGUUCGAGGUCACCGACGACAUCAGCGACAUCACGGUUAUUGACAUGCUCAAGGGUGUGGGCAAGAAGACCAAGUGCUUCACUCGCUUUUCCACCGUCGGAGGCGAGAAGGGCUCCGCCGACAGCGCGCGGGAUCCCCGUGGCUUUGCCAUCAAAUUCUACACCGAUGAGGGUAACUGGGACUGGGUCUUCAACAACACCCCGGUCUUCUUCCUUCGCGAUCCUGCCAAGUUCCCCAUCUUCAUUCACACCCAGAAGCGCAACCCUCAAACCAAUCUCAAGGAUGCCACGAUGUUCUGGGACUACCUGUCCACCCACCAUGAGGCCGUUCACCAAGUCAUGCACCUCUUCAGCGAUCGCGGUACCCCUUACUCCUACCGGCACAUGAACGGCUACUCCGGCCACACUUACAAGUGGAUCAAGCCCGAUGGCACUUUCAACUACGUCCAGAUCCACCUAAAGACCGACCAAGGCAACAAGACCUUCAACAACGAGCAGGCCACCCAGCUGGCGGCCGAAAACCCCGAUUGGCACACCCAGGACCUCUUCGACGCCAUCCAGCGCGGCGAGAACCCUUCCUGGACUUGCUACGUUCAGACUCUCAGCCCCGAGCAGGCGGAGACGUUCCGCUGGAACGUCUUCGACCUGACCAAGGUCUGGCCGCAGAGUGAAGUGCCCCUGCGCCGGUUCGGCAAGUUCACCCUGAACAAGAACCCUGAGAACUACUUCGCCGAGGUCGAGCAGGCCGCCUUCUCCCCCUCCCACAUGGUCCCUGGUGUCGAGCCGUCGGCCGACCCCGUCCUGCAAUCCCGUCUGUUCUCCUACCCCGACACCCACCGCCACCGUCUGGGUGGCAACUACGAGCAGAUCCCCGUCAACUGCCCGCUCCGGGCCUUCAGCCCCUGGCAGCGCGACGGAUACAUGAACGUCAACGGCAACUACGGCGCCAACCCCAAUUACCCCUCCACCUUCCGUCCCUACCGCUAUCAGCCCGUGAAGGCCAGCCAGGAGCAUGAGCACUGGGCUGGCUCCAUCGUCACGGAGCAGCUCCCCAUCACCGCGGACGAUUACGUCCAGGCGAACGGCCUCUGGCAGGUCCUCGGCCGCCAGCCUGGUCAGCAGGAUAAUUUCGUCCAUAACGUCGCUGCUCACCUCUCGGCCGCCCACGAGCGCGUCCGCCAGGCCACCUACGCCAUGUUCAAGAAGGUCAACCCGGACCUAGGUGCUCGCAUCGAGAAGUCCACCGAGGCCAAAGCCACCGGCGUCAAGUCUGCUCGUCUGUAAACUCUGUCUUCCCUGUUGGAAGUGUGAGAAACACUUUCAUGACGUACUGUAUCCUCGCUCUAAAAUGAUACCUCUUG